AGAAAAUGCGCGUUGAAAUUCCAAACACGAAAAGAUGCUGUUUCUGCUUCCCUUCGCGGCAAGGACUGUUAGUGUUCGCAUAUUUCAGAUUAAUAGUAUUGUCAUUGCGUGCAUUAAUGACAGCGUACGGCAUCUGGGUGUUAAGCGGCGACUACAUGAGGUCGUUGUCGUGGACGGCGUACGCCAUCGAGGUCGUCUUCAUAGUGGAGGAGGUGCUGUUCGCUGCGCUCAACGUGCUGUUGAGCCUCGCCCUCAUCGCCGCUGUGCACUCGAAGAGCUUCGCGAUAUUCGGCCCAUAUUAUCGGUGCGAGCUAAUCGGUUUGUUCGUCAACGUGGUGCUGGUAGUCGUGGGCGUGGCUAUGUAUGUCGCCGCGCUGUUUGCCCACGAGCUGCCCAUCGCCUAUGCUUGGUUCAUUCUGGUUGAGAACUUCCCUUCUGUGCUGUAUUUAGUGUUGCAAGUGCACAUACUAUCGUUAUCCAAGAACGAAAUAUUUAAGCUGUCGACCAAUCAAGGCUUCAGGUUCGUGAACCACGCCGCUGCUGGCGAACAGUGCACAUAUUUCGGCGACGUCCGCGCUGCUCGCGCUAGUGCCGAUGACGCACGUGACAGUCUCGCGCUUCACGGCACUGAUGUUUAGCCGCCAGGGCCGCAAGCUACUCGUUGUACCUAUUCAAUAAAUAAUAUGUAUCUAACGUGGUGGUUGACUUAUUUUUUAAAUCCCUCCACCUACGCCUACUUUUAACCGACUUAAAAAAAGGAAGAGGAAUUAACAAAAUUCGA